AUGCUGGAAGCUAAACCUGUUCCAACAGGCGUCCUGGAUCACGGCGUGGGCGGCUGCGUGGACACGGGGCUUGGUUCCCGGAAGCCCCCAGUGCCUGGCGUCCCGCCACCCCCAGGUAUUCUAGGGGGUGGCGGAGGCGGCACAGGAACAACAACUAACGUCAUGGGUGAAGUGCCAACUCCAAAGAGGCAGGCUGUGUUUGACAGGUUAAGGAGACGCAUAGAGAAUUAUCGGCGUAGACAAAACGACUGCGUGCCGCGAUUCGAUCAGUGUUUCAAUGGUGUUGUUGAGCAGAAUAUGCAGGAGACACUUAUACUGAAACAACGGUUUCUGGAAACAAAAACUAAACGAGCUGCAAAGAAGACCGAGAAGAAACAAGACAUGGGCCUGCAGAACAGUUUGCACACGUUCCUACGCACGGGCCACACAUCGCCGCAAACAGCCGGCGCGCACAGCCCUGAGGUUCCACACCAGCGACAAGAGUUUGGCGUAAAAAAGGUUUUCUGUCAGCAGCAGAAGUUCCUGAAGCGGACGGCGGAGGAGCUGGAGGCGGGCGGCGGCGCGGGCGACGGCGGCGGCUUCGGCGAGCCGGCCGCCAAGGUGCAGUGCACGGCGGGGGCGGGCGCGGGCGCCGGCCCGGGGGCGGCGGCGCAGGGCGCGGGCGCUGGCGCGGGGGCGCACUCGCCGGCCGCGGGCGGCGGGGCCGGGGGCGGCGGGGCCGGCGGCGGCGGCGGCGCGCCCGCUGCCGAGCCGCUCACCAAGUUCUCCGUCGAGAUCGUGCAGCAGCUCGAGUUUAGCGCCGGGCCCGGCACCGGCACCGGCAACAUCUCCACCAACGUCACCGUCAAGGCGGCCGCCGCCACAGUCAAGAGCACCGGCGCGGGGGCGCCCGGGGGCGGCGGGGGCGGCGGCGGCGCCGGUGGCGGGGGCGGAGGCGCGGCCCCGGGGGCGGACCCUGCGGGUGCCGCCACGACCGCAACGCCGUCGCCCAAGCCAGCAGCGCAGCCACCUCCCGACCUCGGUGCGCUCGUGGAGUGCAAACAGGAGCAGAUGGAUAGUGAGUUCGUGGACUUGGAGCAGUGCGCCGCCGCGCUGGAGAAGGACGCCAACGGCGGCGUCACCUUCCCCGGCCUGUCCGACCUCAUCGGCGACGACACCAGUGACGAGAUCAUCACCUCCGACGCCUUCAACGACCUCAUCUCCGAGAUUUCCGACUUCCACUCGGAGUUUAUGAAGGAGUUCGAUUUCGACGACCGAGGCGGUAGCGGAGGCGGUGGAGGCGGCGGUGGGGGUGGCGGCGGUGCCGGUGGCGGCGAUGCGGGGGCGGGUCGCGAGGACGAUAAGACGGGCGUGCUGACGGCGCCGCAGGCUCAGCAGCAGGUGUCGGGGCGGCUGGCGCCGUACACGUUGGACUUCAGCAAGGCGGAGCUGAGCCCGGCGGCGCAGACGCUGAAGCAGAUGGCGGAGCAGCACCAGCACAAGGCGCAGCUGGGCUUCGGCCGGCCGGCGCCCGGCGCCGCGCCGCCGCCGCCGCAGCGCUCGCCCUACGACUUCCCCUUCGGAUCGCCUGCCGGAGACUACGGGCCGGCCGGCGCCGGCGGCGCGCAGGUGAAACAGGAGCUGUUCGCGGGCGGGCAGCAGGCGCCGCCGGGGGUGGGCCGCCAGCCGCCCCCGCAGCAGCAGGGACAGCAGCAGCAGCAGCAACAGCAGGGGCAGCAGCAGCCGCAGCAGCAGCAGCAGCAGCAGCAGGCGCCGGCGCCGCAGCAGCUGUCGCCGGGCGGCGGCUACCCCGGGCCGAAGCUGGGCGCGGCGGGCCCGGGCCCGCAGUACUCGCCGCAGUACGGCGCCGUGCCGGCCGGCGCGCAGUACCGCCCCCAGCCGCAGCCGCACCCGCCCCCGCAGCCGCCGCAGCCCGCGCCCGGCGUGCCCAGCGCGCGACAGCCCGCCGCGCCAGGACUAUCGCUCAGCCAGGCGCAGCAGCUGUCGCUCCAGCAGCACCACAUACAGGUGACGGCGGGCCAGCAGCUGCAGCUGUCGGACCUGAAGGGCUACCUGGGCGAGUACGCGGCGUCGGCGUCGCAGUCGCAGACCAUCAACUUCACGCAGCAGAGCCUGCAGCAGCGCGCGGCCGCCUCGCGGGCGCCGCUGCGGCCCGGGCCGCCGCAGGGCGCGCGCCCGCCGCCGCCCGAGUACAAGGCCGUGCCGGCCGCGCUGGCCCAGCAGCCGCCACCGCCGCAGCAGCAGCAGCAGCAGCGCUUCGCCAUGCGCCGCCCGCCGCACCAGCCCAUGCCGCCGUCCGGCCCGAUGAUGCGACCACAGAUGGUGGGAGGUGGCUACCUGCAGCAGCAGCAGGCCAUGGCAGGCCUCGGUGUCGGGGUGGGGGUGGGAGUGGGUCUGGGCGUGGGGCCGCAUCGCUAUGGCGGCCCGCAGGCCCAGGGGGCGCCACCGCCACAGCAGCAGCGCCAGCAGCGGCCGCCCAACGUCAGUGUCGGGCCCGACACGGGGCUCGGGGCCCGCCAGGACUGGAGGCACCUCCUUGUCUCACAGCAGCAGAGCGCUGUCUUCAGGAAUGGAGCUGGCUCGGCUGCUGCUUUCCAGCAGCAGCAGCAACAGCACCUGCACCAGGGGUCCUUCAGUAUGGCUCAGAUGCAGCAACAGCAGCAGCAGCAGCUCGUAGCGUCUAGGAACCAGGGCAUGCCGACUUUGCAGCAGAUGAUGUCGCAACAGCAACAGAUGGGCAUGCCCCCAGGACCAGGCCCUGGUCAGAUGUCAAUGAACCUGCAGAUGUCACAGUCACUAUCUGCGAGUGGAGUGCCCCCUCACCAUACUUCCCCUCACCUCCCCCCGUACGUCAGCAGCCCAGUGCUACAGCAGCACCCCACCACCACCCCAGUGAGCUCUGCUUCAAACUCACAGCCUCCACCAGACUUCAGUCUCGAGUUCCUCGAACAGUUGCCGUCAGGAGAUUCGAGUCAGUUUUCAGCCGCAGAACUUCUUAAUUCCCUCGAUGCAGGGUCGUCGUUUAAUUUUCAAGAUAUAUUAUAGGAAUGGUUUUAGGUGCUCUGUGCACCGUAAUGCGGCAGCAUUUUCUAGAGUGUGACUGUGUUGAGUUCUGAGUCCAGGUCCUUCACUUGGUGGACAAUCUUAGUGAAUCACAGACAUACAGCAGUUACCAAAUAAAUAAGAUGCAGUAAGGGUGAUCAUUAGAAAAUAGUUAAAGUGACCUGUCAGACGGAAGAUUUAGAAGAGGAAUGGUACUGAGCGGUUAGGAUCUCGAGAGCUGAACAUGACAUUAACAUUCCAGUAUUUGUUCUUUCAAGAGAGUCUAGUUUGGUUUGACUGUUGUACGAGUACUCAUCUCGUAAAGUGUAGAAUGUAAUGAGGGACACAUUUAGGAAAUACAUUGGACAAUCGAAGAAUUCACUUUUAGUUAUGGCUGUGUGUAUCUGUAAGAAACAACAGUGUGGUAUAGUGGAACACUGAUAUUUGUGAUCUAGACCUGCAAGUCUGUUGUGAGCAGAAAUUCAACAUUGUGUCCUAUUACAGUGCACGUACACUAGCUAUCAAAUAUUGUAAUUUUAUUUAUGUGAUUCAAAUGCACAUUUCUCAUAUGCGCAGCUGGGGCAAACACAGAUAACUGUAACCUCAAAUAUACAGAUACAAACACAACAUCCUGAGCUUAAAACCCUGGCUAAACCUCAAAUAUAAACUUAAGAAACAGUGUUGCUGUUUUUCUGUUUUUAUGCUGAUUGCACAAUGUUGCCCACUUAUACAUACUUGUGUUCUCUUGCCAGUGCUUUCCAUUGUUUUUGUUGUAGUUAAAUUCAUUUAUAUUGUAUCAAACAACUCAAAUAAUUUUUAACUCAGUUUAAAUUGCCAUGAAAUCUUUAAUGUUUAUUGAUCAGCAAUGCUUUCACGAAACACUGCAACCAUGAUGUGGUAAAUCAUUAAAUAUUUAAGAGAUAAUUUCAGUGUGUAAUUAUAUCUUUAAAAUAUGUUAAUUCCUGUCUCAGUUGCUUCAUUUGCAAUAUUUUUUUGUUUAUGGUGUUUAAUAUGCACAAGCUGCAUCGGGAUGUAAAGUGUUUAUCAGACAACUUGUGGCAGAUGCAAGGAAGUAUUCAUGUGAUGCAGUGCAGCUACCUCAGGCUUGUGAAUGCUGUUGAAGUGGAGUUGGGACCACCUCCAACCACCGAAGCUCUCAUUCUAGUAUGGGAUCAACCUUCAAUCAUAAUCUUUACUAACAGAUCAAUUAAAACUUCAUUAAAUGUUGACAGACAAAAAUGAAUCAGUAUUUUUGUUAACAAUUUUUGCUGUUUAUUUUAAGGGCUUGCAAGUAGAAGUUUAUAAGACAUUGAUAGGGAUAUAAAGAACAUAUUAUAUAUACUUAUAAUAUCAUAAUGUAUAUAAUUUAAAAUGAUCCAGAGAAAAAAAAUUGUUGAUAUUAUAAUAAUUGUUGUUCUUUUUGAAGUUAGUGAUACAGAAUGAACAUAACUGUAUGGGAAUGGAAUCAUUCCUGACAAGUUUCAAGCUGAGCCUGAAGUAGAGUAGGUACUGGUUGAGGUACAGUCAAGCCACAACACCAGUAGUUUGCCAUGUAAUAGGAUCACACCUAGAGAAUGGGUUCAGAAUUGGGUAAUAUGCUUCUGAAAAAGUGUCAGGUUUCUUACAGCGAGUUAUUUUCAUUGUAAGUGAUGAGGGAGGCUGUGAAUGAAACAGUUACUUUUAGGUGGCUCCCUCUUCCCCAUAAGGUCAUUAGGAUCUUCGCAAUUUUGAGACUGCAAUCUAGAGGAUUUCUGUAGCUUUUUUUAGAUGUAGCUUUGAGGCAAUAGAAAAUUAUUGUGUGUGUUUGCCAUGACACUGUUUAUCAGUUUUGUUCAAUGUUUUAGUAUUGGGCAUAUAUUGCAUUGUUAUUGUUUUUUGAGGAAAAGUAAAUAGAGGAACAAUAGUUUUAAAAUUACAAUCAGGUCAAUAAAGAAAGCCCUUUCUAAAGUUAGUGAUUAGAAUUUCCAGCGCUAUGGAAAGUUAAUAGUUCAUUUUAACAUUAUCUUUGCUAGAAAUUAUAAUAAUAACAUUAGUAUCAUACACACAAUGUAAAUUUUCAUAUGAAGCAGAGAUUUAAACUUGGGGGUUUCAGUAAUAAGGGACUUAGUUUCCAAUUUUUUUUGCUUAAUCAGAAUGCAUUUGUGUCAGUUCAUUUGAUGUCCUGCCCUUUUUCAGUUACUAGAUUACAGUUUCUAAGUGCACAGUCAUUCCAGUGUGGAUGUAGUUGUGGUCAUAGUUGUUUCAUUUACAGAGGAUUAUUGUAACUGGGUGUUGCCAUUACACAUUAUUAGCCAUAUGUUACUAAGUUCAAAUAUUUUCAGAAUGAUUUUGACAGAAAAAGUAUGGUUAUUACUUCAGCUGAAGUUGACAAAUGUUUUGGUUUGACUGUACAUCAACCACAUUUCUGGUAUAUUGAUACUCAAUAUGUUGAUACAGGAAAACACCAAAUCUUUUUAACAUUUUGAUGAGACAAAGAGGAGAAAAAGUGUUCUAUGAGGAAACACAGUUUUCACUUCUCAGACUUUAUAUAUGAAUGUACAGUUUUAUGCAGUGUUGUACUAAGGUGAUAUCUGCGUGUGAAUGUGUGCAGCUGUGCCCUGUAGAAAAUUGUAUCAAUCUGUCAAAAGGGCACCCGCUUCUCUUGCCAAAUGUGUCAAGUACUGUAUGUAUACUUUUAUGAUUAUUUCAAAUGUUGUACAAGAUAGUGUUUUGUAUUUGUUCUGUAUUAAGUUUCCAUGCAAAAUUAUACAAACGUUAUAUUAUUAUAUAAUAUAUAUACAAGUUUAUCUAAAUUGA